ACUGGCACAGCUGCGAUCCAGAGCUGGUUCCAUCCCCAGGUGGCUGCCGUUGUGCUUGGGGCCAGGAGGAUGGCUGCCGUGUGACCAGCCCGCACCCUGGCCCAGCUCCCCGCGUGGCGGGCGUGCUACGGCACUGCAAUGAAUGAUGCGUCAACGCUGGAUUAUGAACUGCUGUCCCCCUCCCUGGUGGAGCCCCCCGCCACCGGCCUGGGCAUGGACGCCGAGCAGAAGACGGUCUUUGCCUUCGUCAUCUUCCUCCUGGUCUUCUUGGUGAUGCUUAUGGUGCGCUGCUUCCGCAUCCUGCUUGACCCCUACAGCCGCAUGCCCGCCUCUUCCUGGACUGACCACAAGGAGGGGCUGGAGCGGGGCCAGUUCGACUACGCGCUGGUGUAGUGGGGCCAGGAGCUCAGUGCGCCGCCCCCAUCCCUGCCUUUCUCUAACCCCACAGGGACACUGCCAGCUGGAAGAGGCCUGGCUGGGUUUGUCUCUUUGCUAGGCACUUCUCCUUUUUUCUCCUCAGGCUGCAGCACCGU